AUGGCUGACACAGCCGCAAAGAAGGAAGAGCAACAACCCGCCAAACCCACAUCCACAACCACUGCCCCUCCCCCCGCCGAAGUAGCCUCCGACCCCGAAGAAGACGACCUCUCCGACCUCGACGAUGUGCUCGACGAAUUCGCAAACACGAAGCUCGACGCCAAAGCCCCCACCGCCUCGUCAAUAGAAGCAGCCUACCCCAAGUCCAGCGAUGCGCCGUCGUCAUCCGGGCCCGGCAGGCCGGCCUCGGACAUCUCCCCCGCGGAACUCAUGAUGGAAGACCAGGAUGCGUUCCAGGCGCAGCUGCAGAAGGAGAUGGAGCAGUUGCUUGGUCAGGGCGACUUCCAGAAGCAGUUCGACGAGAUUAUGAAGGAGAUGAGUGCGGAGAUGGGGGGCGCGAAUCCGCUGGAAGAUCCUGCGCUUGGGCAUGAACAUGCACAUGCGCAUGCGGGUGAGGGUGCGGGGGCGGGCGAGGCAAAGGAGAAAGCAGCGCCGGGUCCGUCUGAGAAGGCGACUGCCGCAAAGGCAGAGAAGACGUUCCAGGAAACUAUCAAGAAGACUAUGGAGCGCAUGCAAUCCUCUUCUGAUACCGCAACUUCCGCCGCCGCAUCCUCGUCUCAAGACGAUAUCCUCGCGCAGAUGCUCGCAUCUAUGGAAUCCGGCGGUUUCGGUGGUGCGGGUGAGGGUGGCGACGAGGACUUCAGCAAAGUGCUCAUGGGUAUGAUGGAGCAGCUUACCAACAAGGAUAUCCUGUACGAGCCGAUGAAGGAGCUAGACGAUAAGUUCCCGGCGUGGAUGGACAAGAACAAGGAGAAGUGUGAGAAGGAUGAUUUGAAGAGGUAUGAGGAGCAGCAGACGCUGGUUAGGGAGAUUGUGGGCAGGUUUGAGAGGAAAGGAUACAGUGACGACAACGCGCAGGAUAGGGAGUAUAUUGUUGAGAGGAUGCAGAAGAUGCAAGCCGCUGGCUCUCCACCGCCCGAUCUGGUGGGUGACAUGAAUGCUGCGCAGGAGGCGCUUCAGGAUAUGGAUCAGGGCUGCCCGACUCAGUGA